GUAUGUCGUGCGGUGCUUUCCCGGCGCGCGUUUCUUGCCGUCCAUUUGGAAGUUAGGCUGGUGGCUGCACUGUGGAGUGGCGGCGUCUGCAAGACUCUACCUCUACCUCCACGUGAAAGACGGGACCUUCACCCGGCUCUUUAAGGCGCUUGCGCUUGCCUUUCUCUUUAGGGCCCCUGUUGUGCCACGAUGCAGCAGGCUUUAGAACGAGCUCUGGACCGUGCGGAGUAUGUCAUUGCCAGUGCCCAGCAGAGGCCUCCUGAAAGGAAAGGCUCAGCGAGUGGGGGAGCAUCUCUGGAUGAAAAACUUUAUGACCUGUAUGUGGAAGAAUGCGGGAAAGAGCCUGAGGCUACGGAGGAAUUAAGAAGCAACGUGAACUUGUUGGAGAAGCUCCUGAGGAGAGAGUCGUUGCCGUGCUUAGUGGUCAACCUAUACCCAGGAAAGGAGGGAUAUUCGCUGAUGCUCGAGGGCGAAAAUGGAUCCUAUUCGGAGACCAUUCGACUGCCUUACGAAGAAGGGGAGUUGCUCGAAUACCUGGAUGCUGAACAAUUACCUCCUGCUCUGGUGGAUCUCCUGGAAAAAUCUCAGGUUAACUUUUUUCACUCUGGGUGUGUCAUAGCCCAGGUACGGGACUACAGGCAGUGCAGUCGGGAACCUCCCGGCUACGCGAGCAGGCAUGUUCUCCUGCGGCCAACGAUGCAGACGUUAGCCUGCGACGUGCAGUCCAUGACCAGCGAUGACCAGACCUGGACCCAGGAAGACAGGCUUUUGCUGGAGAGCCAGCUGAUCUUAGCCACGGCCGAACCGCUGUGUCUUGAUCCUUCUGUAUCAGUAGCCUGCACUGCAAACAGGCUGCUCUAUAACAAGCAAAAGAUGAACACUGGCCCCAUGAAAAGGAGCUUCAAGAGGUAUUCUGCACCCUCCCUGAACCGGCAGCAGGAGCUGUCUCAUCGUCCACCUCCUCCUGAGCUGAGAGUAUGGGCCUCUUGCAAGAAAAUCAGAGAAAGGCAAGCGGGUCCGCAGCACGACCUCAAAAUUUCUAAAGCGGGGAACUGCGUCGAUAUGUGGAAACAGAGACCCUGUGACUUGGCCGUACCUUCCGGAGUGGACGUGCAGAAAUACGCCAGGGGGAAGAAGUCCGCCAGAUACGAUGGCUCGCCACCGACGGCCUGGCCAGCCCACAAGGUAGAAGGUGAUUCCGUAUUGGGCUAUGAAGCUGGCGGUGAGUCUCAGAUAGCGCAGCUGACUUCCGUGCAGCCGCCGAAUGACCCACCUUUGUCUGGAAGAAGAAGGCCCUGCAAAGAAGCCAGACGUGAGGGACAGGGGUCUCCUCCGCACUCCUCCACAGACGAUCGUCCAGACAGUGUCCGGCCUGGCUCAAAGACGGAUGCUGGGACGGAAGCCAUUCGGUCAGCUGUCUUGGUCCAGCGCAAGGCCAAGGGUCCCGCCGCCGCGUCACACGGCUCCAGUGGCCCAGCCAGCCUCAGCCAGCCGCCUCCCGGGAAAGAAACAGCACAGCCUGAGACGGUGUCGGUUUGGUCUUCAGUCCUGGGGAAGGGAGUCAGCCAUCCACCUCUACGCUUCAGACUUUCCUGGAGCUCAGGAGGGACUCGGUCAGGCAACAGUUUCAUCCCAGUGGAGGCGAGCGGCUUCUUUAAAUCUCCAGCUCCUGCUCCCGCUCCUGCUCCUCAGCCCCCGAGUCUUUCCCAGAAUUCGUCUGUGGACGUGAAUCGAGUGAGCAUGUUUCCCGCAGCCGCCCUGUCCAGCAGCAGCUCGCCACAAGGAACCCUGGCCCCCCCGGUCACGGCCAACUCCCAGCAGCCCUCUGCGGGAGCGACUCGAGGUAGCACGCUUCCUGCGGCCACACUGUCCACCGCCGGCUCAUCACAGACAACCCUGGCCCCCCCGGUCACGGCCAACUCCCAGCAAUCCCCUGUGAGAGUGAUUCGAGUUAGCAUGCUUCCUGCAGCCACACCGUCCACCGCCGGCUCAUCACAGACAACCCUGGCCGCCCGGGUCACGGCCAACUCCCAGCAGUCCUCUGCGGAAGUGACUCGAGGUAGCCCGUUUCCUGCAGCCACACCGUCCACCACCGGCUCAUCACAGACAACCCUGGCCGCCCGGGUCACGGCCAACUCCCAGCAGUCCUCUGCGGGAGCGACUCGAGGCAGCACGCGUCCUGCAGCCACACCGUCCACCGCCGGCUCAUCACAGACAACCCUGGCCCCCCCGGUCACGGCCAGCUCCCAGAAGCCCUCUGCGAAACAGGUGAUUCAAGUUAGCAUGCUUCCCGCAGCCACCCUACCCACUACCGGCUCAUCACAAAGAAGCCUGGCCCUCCCGGUCACGGCCCACUCCCAGCAGUCCUCUGCGGAAGUGACUCGAGGUAGCCCGUUUCCUGCAGCCACACCAUCCACCGCCAGCUCAUCACAGACAACCCUGGCCGCCCCGGUCACGGCCAACUCCCAGCAGUCCUCUGCGGGAGCGACUCGAGGUAGCAAGCUUCCUGCAGCCACACUGUCCACCGCCGGCUCAUCACAGACAACCCUGGCCCCCCCGGUCACGGCCAGCUGCCAGAAGCCCUCUGCGAAACAGGUGACUCAAGUUAGCAUGCUUCCCGCGGCCACCCUCUCCACUACCGGCUCAUCACAGACAACCCUGGUCCCCCUGGUCACGGCCAACUCCCAGCAAUCCCCUGUGAGAGUGAUUCGAGUUAGCAUGCUUCCUGCAGCCACACGGCCCACCGCCGGCUCAUCACAGACAACGCUGGCCGCCCCAGUCACGGCCAACUCCCAGCAGUCCUCCGCGGGAGCCACUCGAGUUAGCAUGCUUCCUGCAGCCACACUGUCCACCGCCGGCUCAUCACAGACAACCCUGGCCCCCCCGGUCACGGCCAGCUCCCAGAAACCCUUUGCGAAACAGGUGACUCAACUUAGCAUGCUUCCCGAGGCCACCCUACCCACUACCGGCUCAUCACAAAGAAGCCUGGCCACCCAGGUCACGGCCCGCUCCCCUGGCCCCAACAUCAUCCAGCUGGCGGGCCCGGUCUGUGGAGCCCAGCCUUUGGCGAGGGGUUCCAGCCCCGGGCAGGGCUCUACCGCUGGGGCCACAGAUCCUGCGGGAAUCCAGCCCGGCAGCCUGCCCUCGGGAGCUCGGCCACCAAAUGCAGUGCGCACUGCAGCACAGGCUGCGUCUCCAGUCCGCGUUCGUUUUUUUUUUAAAAACGCUUCAGGCCUCAAGCCGGUGACUCUGCUGGAGCUUCCGCAAGGUUCGCCCCCUUUGAACGCCCAGCAGCAGCCAGAGCAGCGGCUCUAUCGGUUGAUUCCACAGGAACAACUUCAGCAAGCCUCCGCUUCUGGUCCUUGGCAGCCAGUGCCACGGGGUCCCGGUGCCCGAGGCCCAGCCCCUCCAGAGACGGCCUCACCUGCUCAGCAAGCCUUUGUCCUGAACCUCCUGGGACAGGGACGGGGCCGGGGACGGGGACAGGGACAGGGACAGGGGAGUUUGCUGCAGCCCCAGGCAGCUGUGUUGUCUCUGCUUGGCUGUGCUGCAGAGAACCAGGCAAGAGCCGGGCCGAGCGGCCCUCGGCACACGCUGCAGCUGUCCCCUGCCUCGCAGCCGUGGCCACAGCAGCAGGCGCAACAGCAUAGAAUCUUGCAGCACCCGGUGGCCGUGACAACAGUAGCCACCCAGACGGCUCAGCCUUCUUGGGGCCAGCGGGCCGCAAGCCAGUCCAAAGGUGAAAAGAACAGAGGCCCGCCUUCCCCUCCCAGAUCCUGA